AUGAGACUCACACGCUCCCUCAGCGUGCGCAAUCUGCUCGCCGCCCUCCAUCCACCUCUCCCUCCACAAUCCGCCAGAGAGUCGAAACAGCUACUCAAUGUGCUAGAAUCCGCCUUCCAGAAGCACCUCGACGAGUCACAUCCGUCUCCCAAGGCUCUCCGUGUCACCGACGCAACAAAUGAGGGCGGUUCAAUUCCCGACCCGGCCCAGAGAGUCACCCAUUCUACGCAUUCACACCUAGAUACAAUCCUCAGCCAUCCUCUUCUCCGACAGAAGUCGACGACGUUUGCUCCGCCUCGGGGUCUCGCCGCCGCUGCAGUUUCAGCCUUUGAUGAUGCAUUGGUUCAGAAAGGGCUUGAUUUCCAUCUAGUUCAGUCAUGUGCCAUCCAGUACCUCCAAGGUUUAGAGAAGAAAGAGACGGUUUCCAAUGGGGCAAAGCUGGGCCCUCGGCUGGCUCGCUGGUUUACAGCCAUGAACAAUACCGAUAAAAAGGAGUUCUUGGUCAAUGGAAACUCCCUGGCCUCUGUUGUACCGGUGAUGUACUCGGAUGGAUUGGAAGCCGACGUCUGGGGAUGGCUCCGGACUCUGUAUGAACGUCCAUUUGACAAGUCGAUCUUCCUGCUCUCAGACACAUCAGCUCCGGGUGCCUCGGAUUACCUUCGAGCAGAAGACACGCUUAUUGCCUUGAUGAUGAAAGAGUCUAUUCGCAAAGGCCUAUUUCAAGACGCAGCACACCAGUACGUCCACGCUUGUGAAUACCGAUUAAGAACUGGUCGAGCCAUACUGCCUGAAGGUGGUGUUCUCUCCAAUCCUUUCAAGCGAUCAUGGCAAUAUAUGGCGCGGAGUAUCUUGUUGCGCCGCAGAUCCCAUCACAUACCCGCGGAGCUGUUUGACUCCAUGUUGAAAUUCGGCCUGACCAUCAGUUCAUCUCCUUUCGACCGUGCCGUCUUACAGAUAUAUCACCCAACAUCUCCGUCAGCGCGACCCUUGUUAGCUAAACUGAACGAGGUGUCUUUCCCGCAACGAUUUUCGCAUUGGCAGAAGAAGUUGAAUAAGAUGGUUCAGAAAGCUCUACUUGUGGCGAUGCUUGACGCUGCCCAGCUGUCGUUGGAGCACAACCGUCCCUCUGAAGCACGACAAUUCUUGGACUUUUCGGAAUCGAAUUACCCCGACAUCGUUCCCUCAAACCCACAGUCCAAUACGGCUGAAAGACUCAACCUCGCACGAAAGGAAACCUCGACUCGAAAAGAGUUUCGCUAUAUCCCUACCCCGGCUCUGGUGUGA